AAAGAAAAAAUGAAAAACCAAGAAAGACCGCGAUAGAGAAAAAAAAGUCAACGACUCAUCAUCCUUUCCUAAAGUUGCCGUGUUGUUUAGGAGGGGUAGCCGUGCCCUAAUUAUCUCCCGUUCGCAACGGAAUUACAAAUCCCAGACCCCAAAAACGAACGCACACAGCAUUUAGAACCGAAACAAACUAUAAACGGGAAAUAGGUACAAAUAAUCGUUGUUAUUUACAUUGCCUAAUCCUACAUCGUCCGAUUCUUUAGGGGCACAUAUUUGUGCUACUCUUGAUGGGUGCUCCUAAGCAGAAAUGGACCCAAGAAGAGGAAGCAGCACUUAAAGCUGGGGUUAUUAAGCAUGGAGCUGGAAAAUGGCGCACGAUACUCAAAGAUCCAGAAUUUAGUGGUGUCUUGUAUCUGCGUUCAAAUGUAGAUCUCAAGGACAAGUGGAGAAAUAUGAGUGUAAUGGCGAAUGGAUGGGGCUCCAGAGAUAAGGCAAGGUUAGCUGUAAAAAAGGUGCCACAGGUCCCUAAGCAGGAUGAGAACUCCAUAGCUCUCAGUACUGUUGUUCAUAGCGAUGAAGAUAUUGUGGAUGCCAAGCCUCUUGUAGAUUCUAAUGAUACACCGAAGGUUCCCAUUCCAAAGAGAUCUAUUGUAAGGUUGGACAAUCUUAUAUUUGAGGCUAUAGUCAGUUUGAAGGAGCCGGGUGGUUCUAAUAAGACAACUAUUGCUACAUACAUUGAGGAACAAUAUUGGGCACCUACAGACUUUAAGAGGUUGUUGUCAGCAAAAUUAAAGUAUUUGACAGCAAAUGGAAAACUGAUUAAGGUUAAACGCAAGUAUAGGAUUGCACCUACUCCAGCAUUUCCAGAUAGAAGAAGAAAUGCUUCCAUGAUACUCUUGGAUGGAAGGCAGAGGGUUUUUCCAAAAGUUGAAAAGGAUGAUACUCGUAUGCUUACAAAAUCCCAGAUUGAUUUAGAGUUAGAAAAGAUGAGGAAUAUGACUCCACAAGAGGCUGCUGCAGCUGCUGCUCAAGCAGUUGAUGAGGCAGAAGCUGCUAUAGCAGAAGCCGAAGAGGCUGCAAGAGAGGCUGAGGCAGCAGAAGCUGAUGCAGAAGUGGCACAAGCUUUUGCAGCAGCGGCAGUGAAAACUUUGAAAGGAAGAAGCAACCCGAAAAUGAUGAUCCGAGCUUGACCCAAAUUAAUAACUUCGCAAAAUGGCCAGCAAGGAGUAAUGAACUGGAGCAUAUAUCUGAUCCACAAGAAAGAGUCAGAGUUCAUUUUGUUCGGGAGCUAGAUGCAAUGUUUGUCUUGUGCUGACAAGCCCGGAGGUGCCUGUAUUUGUAAAUAUGUGAAGGCGAUUCCUUGGCCGGCCUAAGCUGGAUUUACCUUGUCAGGAAAUCCUGUUCAUCCAGUACCUUUUCUUUUGCAGAUUUGUGUUUAUAUUUUCCGAAAAUGCUGGUUCUUGGCCAAUAUUUUGCCACCUUUUUUGAACUUAGAAAUUGCAGCUAAACGUAGAAACUAGAGUGCAUAAAGAAAUAGAAAGAGAUGGAUUUUCUUCUGAUAGAGUUCUGUUUUAGGACAUCUGAUUUAAAUGGUCUUUAAAUUGCCAGAUUAUUUAUGUC